CAGGCCCUUAUCCUUACUUCUUCUCCACUGUAGUCUUUACCUUAGUAUUCAUGACCACGUGCCCCUAGGCAGUCGAUCAUAUAGUUCUAACGCUUCCAAUCCAGGUUGCGAAAUGAUAUUUAUAGAAUCCGUGGCAUUGGAAUAUGAAGACAGGUAUCACCGCUACACUUUGGGUAGAUGAGUGACCGUGCUUGCUUUUCAGAGAGGAGUUUGUAUCUACACUUCUCUAGUUCCUGCGUUUCAUCAUUUGAUCGUCCCCGCCAAGGCUCCCAAGCAUGUCGACCACCCCAACCCCUAAUAGGGGUAUUGCAGUCUUUUCGGGAGGAAGCGCUGCCAAUAAUCUAGUUGAAGUAUUUGACACGGUUCGCGACACCAAGAACUGUCCACUGAGCUAUAUCAUCCCCAUCAGUGACAACGGAGGUUCCUCAUCGGAGCUGAUCCGCAUCUUCGGGGGUCCAGGAAUCGGCGAUGUGAGAAGUAGACUGGUCCGGCUGAUUCCGGACUCGCCCCCAAAUUCCGAACGGGGUGCCAUAAAGACACUCUUCAAUCAUCGACUGCCAGUGAACGCAGCCACCGCCCACGCAGAAUGGCUCUCCAUCGUAGAUGGCACAUCGAACAUCUGGCAUGCUAUCACGCCAGCAAAAAAAGAACUCAUACGCUCGUUCUUCAACCUUCUCAACCUGGAGAUCCUAAAGCGAGCCCGUCCGCCAUCAUCAACCUUCGACUUCACCUCCGCCAGCGUAGGUAAUCUCUUCCUCACCGGCGCCCGCCUGUUCAGCGGAAGCUUCGAAAGUGCCAUCUAUCUUCUCGGUAGCAUCUGUGGCGUGCCAUCAGACACCGUCCGCGUCAUCCCAGCCAUCAACUCCAACUUCUCACACCACAUCUCCGCCUCCCUCGCAAACGGCUCCAUAAUCGUCGGCCAAAACAGCAUCUCGCACCCCAGCGAAGCAACAGCCCUCCAACCCCGCCCCAGACGCCCAAGCCUACUACUCGCAGAUGGCGCCGACGACUUCACAGACACAGACACCUCAGACACACUCUCCUACGAAGACGACCACCCCCCAGGCUCCCUCCCAACCCUCCGCAACAAAAACAUCCAGUUCUCCAAAUCCGAAAACGAGGAUCUCCCCUCCCGCAUCACCCGCAUCUGGUACAUAAACCCCUACGGCCAGGAAAUCCGUCCACCCGCCAAUCCACGUGUCCUCGAAGCCAUCCGCGACUCGCAGGCUAUCAUCUACAGUAUUGGUUCCCUCUACACGUCUCUCAUCCCAUCUCUGAUCCUUCGCGGUGUCGGACAGGCAAUCGUGACGAGCCCAGCUCGUCAUAAGAUUCUAAUUUUGAACGGGUCCCUAGACCGCGAAACGGGACCCCCGUCUGAACCUUUCACGGCUAUUCACUUCGUCGAGGCCAUUACUCGCGCCGGGGAGGAAAGUCGUGGUCGGAUGGCUCUUUCUUCCUCGAAUUAUGGUGGUCAUAGGUCGAUUCCGGGUCUAAGUCUUCCAUAUUCGUCAUAUGUUACGCAUAUUCUUCAUCUGGAGGGUCCCGGGACGCCACAGGUGGAUCGUGAUCGGCUCGUUGAGAUGGGUAUAGAGACGCUUCGUCUUUAUGGGAGGAAGAUCGUUACUGCGGAUGCAGAUGGCGUUGAAACGCCUAUUGGAAUGAAGUAUGAUGCUACGGCUUUGGUCCAGGCUCUUGAGGUGGUGCUGGGUAAAAAGGGUGAUGCGAUGCUUCGGGGUGGAGAGAAGAACGGCUUAAGUCGAAGGAAUACGUUAGAUCCUGGCAGGAAGAGAUAAAUAGAUUUUGCCUGCAAUCUGUGUACUUUAUGGCGCAAUAGAUGUAUGUAG